AUGCCACCGCCGCGACUUCCUCGACAUCUGCGGCCAUGUCACCCUCUAGGGACUGCGAUCCAGGUCCGUUGCGCCCACAAGACGGCCCGCACCGCACUCUCGACCGACGGCGAUGAGCCCCCGCAGUCCACGACUGGCCAGAGCAGCGAUGGGAGUACCAAUGCCUCGUAUAGUUCGACUGACUCAAAUACGGAGGCAUCGACCGAGAGGAGGUCAUGGUGGAGCGUGGCAUUGGGCAAAGUCACUUCAUUGACCUCCGAGCCAGCAUCAACCGAACCACAUCCCCCUGCACCAGAUACACCGUCCACACCUGCGCCCAAUUCUAUAAAGAAUAAGCAAGAUUCUCCAGUGGAAACUGUGCCAGCAUCCACCAAGCCGCAUCCUCCUGCACUCGGUACACCGUCUACACCUGCGCCCGAGGCUAUCAAGGAUGAGCAAGAUAUUCCAGUGGGAAGUGUGUCAGGGAUCAAGCAAGCGUUAGUUAGAAGAUUGGUAGUCUCAGACGAGAAAAGCCCGCCGCAAUCACAGCGCUCCAAAGCCCACUCACGGAAGGGCAAGAAGGAUGACAAGGUCGAAACAGAUGGCCAAGAUGUCUCCAAUUCACCCAUAAGAAAAGUCCGUAGUAUCUCGCAUACACACAGCAUUACGCCCAUGCCCCCCAUGUCGCCCAUGUCGCCUAGUAGAGAUCUGCAUGGUCAACAGUGUCACAUUGCAGAACAAGAAGGGGGAAAAGAGGAGACGUCUGCAAGACACAACCCGGAGCCUGCCCCAGAUUCUUUAAGGGAAGAAGUCACAAGUAUACAACGGGAGCUCCAACGGCUGUCUGGGGUUGUCAAGGCUCUUCAAGUUGCACUGGAGGCGAAAUUAACAGCGGAGACUCCUUCUACGUCGGCCACAGGUCGUGACAUUCGAAGCACAGAAUCUAGCGAACCCUCGGAAAAGGAACGACUACCAGAACCAGUCUCAUCGUCUCCGACUGCUGUACAGGUCGCACCCUCGGCCAAGGAUCUUCCAGCUCCCCGAGAACCACAAGAGGCCGUCAUCAUGGAACAGCGUCAGGAUAUCCAACAAAUUUAUGAAGCAUCCUUCAGGACUCAUAAGCGCUGGAUGAGUAUCCUGGGGACAACAGCAGAGUAUCUUGUAGAUAUGCCGCCUAAAGCUGUGGUUUCCCUGGUAUCUUUUGUUCUGCGGAGUAUCAUUGCGCUUGAGCGGAAUACUGUUCGUGAUGAAGGUACUGGCCGGAUGGCCGUGUUUGGCCAUCCGCACAGACGAGCCACACGAACGCUUGCCACCAAACUCAUACCAAGAAACAUCCCUGAUGCUCUUCUAGUCGGCGAGACUACAUAUCGUAAUACAACUACUGAACUGACAGACACCGCUAAUUUGCUCGACGAAAUGCAGGCUCCUCUGGUGGCAUCGAUCGCGACGCAUGUACACAAUCGCCUACGUGUGAUAGCUGAGAAUGCAGUACUGGAGGAUGACAUCCGGGUGUGCAACGUAAUGGAGAACUAUCGAGACCUGAACGUUUUGUAUGCGGAAGCCAGGCACUCGCCUACAUUGAGCCAGCAACCGGGCUUGAUCCUGAGAUUGGAGAAGUUACUCGCAAAACGAAAAGUCCAGGAGUUUCAUCGCUCACUGGGUUUCUUGAAAAAAGAUGUGACGCGCAUUGAGACUGCCCGGAAGACAAGACAAGCGAAGCAUACUGAGGUGAGGACUGUCGACAAAAAAGUCUCGAAAACAGUUCCAGAUCGCGGCGGUCUGCGCAUCGUGAAGCUAGACAAUGAAAGUCGCGAGGGUCCAGACGAUUCGAUCAAAAAUGCAGAGAGCACCGACCGAGGUGCUGUACAAAAGAAGGACUAUGGAAGCGGGUUAGAAGGUCAGAUACAUAAACGCUCGCGCUCAUUGCAGCCCUCGGAUAAUCUCAAAACCAAACCUCAAGAUGGUGGCAAUGCACCCAAUGUCUCGUCUAAACCGGCAGGGAGUAGCGACGAGUUGAGUGAACAAAGUCUCCUUGAGGAGUUGUUCCCGGAAGCGAACAGUACUGCAGAACCUCAAUACAAGGAAGAAAGAGACCAUCCCAGAAUCGAACCUCCGACGAACCCUAUUCUUCGUCCUUCGUUUGUCGGGCGGACCCAAACGCUCAGAGAGAAAGUUGUCGAAUCGUUUCAGAAGCAAGGAGAACAGAUUACUGCUCUCCAACUUACAAAUUGUAGCACCCAGCUAACGGAAGCCGAUUUCCGUCGUGUAGUCCCCAAGGGCAAGCACAUUGAAGGCUGGCGCCGGGACGGCGACUUCCUCAAGGUCAUCCCUGGCCGCGACCCAUUGAGUCUGGAGCGCUUACCUUUCUACUAUCUCCUCUUCAAGAACGCCGAAGCUGCGGUUGCAUACCAAAAGAAUAUUUCUCGGUUACACAAACUGAGCGCCCUCCACCAACCCGCAAACAUCUUCUCCGCCAUUCCGCCGCCCACUGGCUUCCUCGAAAAGGGCGAAGACAUCUCGGCCGCUAUAUCAUCCUACAACCUCCUACCCACGCACCAUCCACUCAGCCUCAACGUCCUUAUGCAACCAUACAACCCUCAUCUCCGCGCUCUCAUAGAGCGGGGUGGCUACCAACCCAUCGCCCCCUCAGUCGACGAGAACGGCAAGCCCAUCUGGAGAGUGCUGAUGCACAUUGAAGGCUACGAGCCCAGACCCUCUGACCUUUUCAAAAUUCUCGUUCACGACGCAUACAUGCACGGCAUGAUCCUCCCCCUCCGCAACGAAUCCAGAUCGUCGAUCCACCGCGUCCGCGACAUGAUCAACCUGCGCAUGUCCUCCAAGCCCAUCUCUUCAAGUCGGCCGCGCGCUUACGGUACCUUUGAGCCCACGGAUUCGCAGCUCGACAAGCCCACGCAGGAAAUGACGUUUGAUGACCCUGCUAUCCAGAAGAUGAUGGAGGGUGCCGGCGAAGAUGGUAACCCUCAGCAAGUGAACCAGCUUAUCAUGAACCGUGUGUAUAAUCGAUGGAUACUCGACUUUGAGGAUGAGGAUACUGCGAGGAGGUGGAGUGCGAUUUGGCAUCGCAAGGUGCUGCCUGAUUUGAGUGAUAAGAAGGGGGCGUGGAAGGAGACGGAGGAGGAGAGGAUUUGUAAUACAGAGGUGCUUUGGUGA